GGCUUCUAUUUAAUAACCUCCCUUCCUCGAUCUCUACUUUCUCCUUCACCUUCCCUCCUCUAUCUCCUUCUCCUUCCUCGCCAUCGCCAUGAAACUCGUCCCUAUCAGCAGCUCCAUGUUCCUCCGCCGCCUCAGCCCCAAACGCCUCUUCCGCUUCAAGGAUCGCUCCUCCGUCACCAGAUCCGAUCCUUCCUCCUUCUCCUCCGCCUCCUCCGACGGAUCAUACGGCGUCUCCGGCGACCGCAAGCCCAGCCCCGCCUCCACGCCGACCAGCGUUAUCCCCGAGAUCUCCGGCGGAGAUCGCGAUUUUUACACGGAGCUCGUUCAAGCGUUUAAAUUGAUCGAUCGGGACGACGACGGCGUGGUAUCUAGGAACGAGCUGGCGGCGGUUCUGAGAAGGCUGAGCCCGGAGCCGCCGAGCGAGGAGGAGGUGAGGAUGAUGCUGAGAGAGGUCGACGGCGGCGACGGUUGCAUCAGCCUGGAGGAGCUGGCAAGCCGCGUGGCGGGGACGUCGGCGACGGGAUCGUCCGUGGAGAAGGGGGAGCUGAGGGAGGUGUUCGAGUUCUUCGACGCGGAUCGCGACGGAAGGAUCUCGGCGGAGGAGCUCCUCCGCGUGUUCGGCGUCAUCGGAGACGACAGGUGCACGUUAGAUGAGUGCCGGCGCAUGAUAGCAACGGUGGACAUGAAGGGCGAUGGUUUCGUCCGAUUCGAUGACUUCUCUCGCAUGAUGGAGCUCCACCGAUGAUGUCAUCGUCGUGAUAAUGACGUCACUUCACUCUGAUCUUUUUCUUUUUUUUAAAAAAAAUGGCGAUUACAGUUUUUUAAAUGUUGAUUUGUUGCCGAAAAUGGUUAAUUAUGGAAGGGUCACCGUUCGAUUAAUGAAAUUCCGAAGGUUAAUGUAAGAAUGCUUGUUUGGUUGAGACCAA